AUGGAUAUACAGCCCGGGGGCUCGAGGAAUCCAGGGAGACGAACCCGCCGCCGCGGUGCUCGCUUGCAGGCCCAGGAGGCAUCAGCAGCAGACGCAGCAGCAUCAGCAGCAGCAACAGCAGCAGCAGAAAAUGCAACGGGGAGAGCUGCUGCUGCAUGCAGUGAUGGUGUUGCUGCUACUGCUGCUACAGUAGGCACCACCACCGCAGCUGUCAUAAGCCCUCAGCGACAACGAAGGAACCCUUCUUUUCCUUCUGCUGCUGCUGCGGCAGCAGCAGCAGCAGCAGCAGCAGUAGACCCUUUGACCCUUGCAGCAGCAGCAGCAGCAGCAAAGACCAAAGGACCUCAAGUGGCUUCAGAGAGAUGCGUUGUUGAUGCAUGCAGCAGCAAACCAAAGGGAGAGCAGAACGUCAGCAGCACCAGGAAGCAAAACUGCAGCAGCAGGGACAAUAACACAGACCAAGCAGCAGGAGCCUCAAGCAGCAGCAGCAACAGCAGCAGCAGCAGCAGCAGUGUCGUAAUGUGUAUGGAGAGACACCUGGGGACAGAGGGACACCCACUAACAGCAAAUGCAGUAAAUGGUGCGGCCGGAAUGUCUGAAGCAGCAGCAGCACCUUGUGCUGCAGCUGCAGCACCUGCUGCAGCAGCAGCAGCAACAGAGCCUUCCACUCCCUCCCCAGAAGAAGCUGCUGCCCCAGCAGCAGAUGCUGCAACACCAGUAGAUGCUGCCGCAGCAGCAACGGCAGCACUCCCCUGCAGAUCACCAGGACCAUUAGAGACAACUGCAGCGGAAGACGUAGCAGCAGCAACAGCAGCAACAGCAGCAACAGCAGCAGCAGCAGCAGCAGAGCGCGUGCCUGUGUCUCCAGUGUCUGUCGCUUCCUCCCGCUUCACUGUCCCCCGCAGCAGCACUCUAGGGCCCAGCUCGCUUCCGGAGCCGCUGCAGCGAGCUGCAACAACAUCCACCUCCAGCAGCAGCAGCAGCAGCAGCAGCAGCAGCAGCAACAUGGUCCGCAGCGGCGCGCUGUUGAGCCCUGUUAACCUUCCACGUAGCAGCAGCAGCAGCAGCAGCAGCGACAGCAGGAGUAGCAGCAGCCUUAGCCGCAGCAUGAUAAGCAGCAGCAGCAGCAGCAGCAGCACGAGCAGCAGGAGCAGCAGGAGGAGCAACAGCAGCAGCAGCAGCUUGUCUGCUGAGGCUCUUGGGGGCAUGCAAAGAGAGCUUACAUGCCCUAUAUGCUUAGAACUGUUUUGUCUGCCUGUCACAGUUAUAUGCGGACAUUCGUUCUGUCGAUAUUGCAUCUCAAAUACAAAGCUUCAAACAAAGAGGUGCCCCUUAUGUAGAAGAGAGCUUGAUAACCAGUUUCCGCUUAACACAGUUCUAUGCAACUUGCUAGCAGCAUUUGGACGCAUGCAGCAGCAGCUGCAGCAGCACCAGCAGCACCAGCAGCAGCAGCAGCAGCAGCUCAUGCAGAGGCAGGGGCAACACCAGCGAAAAAAGCGUUCAAAACAACUCCUGCAACUGCAGCAACAGCAGCAGCAACAGCAGCAGCAACAGCAGCAGCAGCAACAGCAGCAGCAUGCUUUGUCGCCCCUUAGCAGCAGUCUGCUUUCUCAGCAUGCUGCUGCUUGUCCUAUUGACAAAAACAGAGAUGGUCAGACACCUGAGGUGUAUAUACGCCCUGUACAUACAAUCCCUCCUCCUGCUGCUGAUUCUGCUGCUGCUGCUGCCGCUGAUGCUGCUGCUGCUGCUGCUGCUGUUGUUGCUGUUGUUGCUGUUAAUGAUGCUGCUGCUGCUAAUGAUGCUGCUGCUAAUGAUGCUGCUGCUGCUGAUGAUGAUGAGGCUGUUGCCGCUUCUGCUGCGGAUGAUGAUGAUGCUGAUGUUGCUGCUGCUGCUGCUGCUGCUGCUGAUGUUGAUGGUGGGAGCAGCAGCGGAGGAGACAGUGCAGCAGCAGCAGCAGCAGCAGGAGGGAGAGGCGAUGCUGCAGCAGCAGCAAGAGGAGACACUGCAGCAGCAGCAAGAGGAGACAGCUGCCGCCUUACUGUGCGCGUAGCUAGAGACAGGGCCCAUCGUAUAGACAGCAAACUCUUUGAUGCAAGGUUAAUACAGCCGCUGCAGUCGGGCGACUUGAUUCAUAUAGGGGACCGUGUGGAGGUGUCAGUGGAGAUACACCCCGCGCCUCUGAGGCUGCGGCAGGGACUGCAAGACAGACACCAGUCAAGCAGCAGCAGCAGCAGCAGCAGCAGCAGCAGCAGCAGCAGGAGCAGCAGCAGCAGCACGAGCAGCAGCAGCAGGAGCAGCAGCAGCAGCAGCGCCAAAGUUGAAGAGUGUCCUUACUUGUUCUCUUGCUGGGAUACAGUGCUAAACAAAGUCGUGGGGCCGGUGGCGCCCCAUGGGGAAGGCCCAGCAGCAGCAGCAGCAGCAGCAGCAGCAGCAGCAACAGAAGCAGCAGCAGGGGAGGCGAUGCAGGGUGAUGCAUCUGCGUCAUCUGCUGAGGGCUGCUGCAGCCAGCGGCGCAGCGACAGCAAAGAGAAGGACAUGGGCGCUGCAUUCAGAGAAUCAGCAGCAGCAGCAGCAGCAGGAGCAGCAAGAGCAGCAGCAGAGGAGAGGAAUGGCAGCAGAGAAGAGGAAGCAGCUGGUCGAGGAGACAGCAGCUCGAGUGUCUCUGCAGCAGCAGCAGAACAUCAAAUCGAACCCAUUACAUCUUUCUUGCUGCUGAAGAUACAGGGACACGAAGAAAGAGAAGUGUGGGUAGACCCCAAAGGAGUUGUGCUCGGCAGAGGGCCCCACACGCACACUAGCGAAUUAAAAAAGGUAUCGGUGACGUCUAGCAACGGCUAUGUAAGCAGACAGCACUGCUUAUUAUACUACGAUGGACGAGAGGGGGCCCCCAGCAGCAGCUGCUGGAAGCUAAGAGAUAUCAGCACGCUGGGAACCUUCAUUCGUCUGAAGCCCCUGACGCCUUUUCCUUGUUCUCUGCAGCCCUACUCUAUUUUUAAAGUAGGCCAAUGCAAAUUGCAAGUCACCCCUUGCUCUGAUCUCCACCAGCAAACGCACUCUGCCCCCUCCUCUUCUAUCGACAUCCCUAUAGGGGCCCCUACAGGGGUCCCUAUAGGGGCCCCCACAAGGGCCUCCACAGGGGCCCCCACAGGGGCCCCCACAGGGGCGCAUGCAGUGGCCCCCACAGGGGCGCAUGCAGUGGCCCCCACAGGGGCGCAUGCAGUGGCCCCCACAGGGGCACAUGCAGGGGCCCCCUCAGGGGCCCCCUCAGGGGCCCCCGCAGGGGCCCCCAUACGGGCCAUACUACUGGCAUCCCCAGGGGCCCCAGUAAGGGGACCCCCAGCGGCACUACUAGGGGCUCCCGUAGGGGCCCCCUUAGUACACUCUCUAGGAGAGCCGUUAGGGUCUUCUGUAGUAGGGGCCCCCUUUGGACCCGCUGUAAGGGCCCCCAUAAGACCAUCUCUAGGGGCCUCGCAUGGGGUACAAGUAGGGGGGCCCCCCGUGGGGCCCCCCUUCCCUGCUGCCGGUGUAUUCCCUGCUGCUACGUCGCUGCAGGCGAUUGCAAUGGAGCUGCAAGGCCAAGGGCUUCUGCGAGUUGCGGGGGCCCCUGAGGUGCGGCACUCACUAUUGAUGGGGGGAGUAGAGGCUGGAGGGGCCCCCCAAUACCCUUUGGGGCUGCAUGCAGAGCCAGAGGCCCCGGGCCCCCGUCUCUUUACAAGCUUCCCUGUGUUUGCGCCCUUGGGGAGGCCCUCGGGGGCCCCCCUACAAUCGACGCUGCAGCAGCAGCAGCAGCAACCGCUACACGCAGCAGACGUGCUGCAGUGGGGGCUGCUGCCCCCAGAGGAGGCCCUGCUGCAGCACCCUCCAGUAAUAAGCUGUGCUCAUCCUUCCGCGUAUGAAGACGGCACCUUAGAAGAAGAGGAGCAGCAGGGGGAGCGGGGGGGCCCACAGCAGCAUGCAGCAGCAGCAGCAGCAGCAGCAGCAGCAGCAGCAGCAGCGGCAGCCUGGCAGGCCAGUGCUCCUCAGCAGCAACACCAGCAUUCUUCCUCGCUGCUGCAUCCAUUGCAUUCCCACUUGCAGCAGCAGCUGCAGCUGCAGCAACUGCAGCAGCAGCAGCAGCUCCAGCUACUGCAGCACCAGUUGAGUGGGGGCCCCCCUGGACCCCUUGGGCCCCCAACAGGGGGCCCCCCAGACAGCCCCUUUGAUAUAUUUCAAUUACCAGGCCUCCGGCUGCUCGAUGGAAGCCCCGGGGGCCCCGAGGGCCUCUCCUUUAGUGCGAGCGCGGGGGUACAGCAGGAGCGCUGCAUGUGCUUGGCGCCUCUCCCUGCAGCAUCUGAACGCAGUGCUGCUGUUGCUGCUGCUGCUGCUGCUGCUGUGUCGCUUGAUACCGUGGGCAGACUCGUCCAUUGUCUCACAACAGCCCAACAGCAGCAGCAGCAGCAACAGGCGUCUGCACUGGAUGUGCUGCAGCAAGACGCGUACUGGGCCCCUUCUCUCCCUGCUGAUCCUGCAGCACUUAACAGCAGCAGAACAAACAAUGCACAGCGUCAUAGGUGGAGACGGAGCCGCCAUGCUGCAGCAGGGCGCAUGCAUGCAGGGGCCCCCAGUAGACGUUUAGAUUGGCCUUUGGGGCCCCUAGAGGUGCUGACAACGCAGCAGGGUAUCUGCAGCAGCGGUAGCACGCGCUGCAGCACUCGCUGCGGCUGUCUCGCCUCCUUUCAGCAGCAAACCGGAGGCUUCGGGGCGGUUGAGGGUAGCGGCAGCAGCUUAGCUGCAGGCACAGGCGGUGUACGCGCAGCAACAGAAGGCUGGACACAGCUAGAGGAGCAGCAGGAGGCCUUCUGCAGCAGCAGCGGUGCAGCUGGCUGCUUAGGGGGAGGGCUCUAG